CACACGACACAUCGUUUUCUUGUCAAAUCGCCACACAAUGGAUAAGGUGCUACCCACUGACCACGAAAAUUCACUUCCUCACUUCACCCCCGUCCUCCUCUACCGUUCAUCUCGGCUUGCGGGGGACGGCCGUCCGCUCAAUCGAGCAACCAAGCGAUCAGCACGUUCAUGUCGUUCACGGCGAGCUGCAGGGUGACUCCUCCUCCGACGAGGCCUGCAACCUUCAUCACCCCGCGCAGCCUCUUCAACUGGGGCAGAUCAGCUCCCGCCAAUCCGCCGCCGCCGGAGUUCAAGUACCACGACGACGUCGCCCCGCCGUUCCCUCCAUCCCUACUCUCCACCACUUACCUCGCCGGCCGCGAGCUGCGGUGCUGCUACAAGGCCACCGCCGACGGCUUCCUCGCCACGGACUUCCACCGCCGCUGCGACUUCAAGGGGCCCUGCGUCGUCAUCGGCCGCAACGCAACCACGGGCCUCCGCUUCGGCGGGUUCAGCCCGGAGGGCUACCGCAGCACGGACGACUACUACGACUCCCUCAACGCCUUCCUCUUCUACUGGCCCGAGGGGGCCGUCGAGGCCCACGGGCCGCCCGUGGUGCUGAGGAAGGUGGGCGGGAGCGGGGCGGCGCUGUUCGACUACGCGCGGGGCGGGCCGCAGUUCGGGGCCGACGGGCUGCUCAUGGGCCCGCCGCUCACGGCCGUCAUGGGGGUGUUCACCGGGCCGGAUGCGGCGGGGGUUGGCGUCGGGGAUCUCCGGAGCGCGAGGUCCAGGCUGGGGCUGUCGUACGCGAGGAGGGAGGACGGGAAGGGGAGCUUGUUUGGGGAUGAGAAUAGGGCGGAGGUUGAUGAGGUGCUCGUCUUCUGUAGCCCCGAGAUCGCGGCCAUGUACGGCUGACUAGCUUGAUCAAUGAAGAGCUUAAUUAGCAGCAUCACUGCGUGCAUCAGCGCUAGAAGACAGACAGACAGGCGGUGUUCUGCGUUCACGCGCGAUCGAUGCAGGCAAAAUGACAUGCCAAGUGGUGGCACUGUGUGGCUGUCCAUACCUCUCGAAUGAAAUUUGUGGAUGAAAUCCAUGCUUGCUAUGAUCCAUAUGUGUGAACCUCUUGAAUUUCAUCAAGAAGUAUUACGAUUUGUAACUUAUGUAAAAUAAAGAUUAGAAAGGUAUUUUUGGUUCCUCGAUUGGAAUUUGUUAGUAUACAUUUGGUCCCUGGACUGUCAAAACCAGAUACUUUCAGUCA